UCCUUUGAUGGACGAUCCUUUAAUGAACGGCCCUUUAAUACUUUUUGCCCGUGACGAUCCUUUAACAGGGCGAUCCUUUAAAAAAACGAUCCUUUGUAUAGGAGCCGUCUUUUGUUGUCUGAAUCGCGCGCGAUUAAAUGGGCAACAACAAAUCUCACACGUGAGAACAAGACAUCGAAUUAUUGAGAAAUAGCGCACUAGACUUAAGAGAGACGGUUAGACAGUUUUUUGUUAUUUAAGUUGCAGCAGUUUCAGUGCCAUAAUUUUAGGGAGAUUUGAGUGCCUAAAUUCUUCUUUUUGUCCACGUUUUACAUUUGCCGCGAUGUUGUGGACACGUCCAGCCUUCUUUCCCUUUUCACCUGUCUAACCAAUUAUCGGUUUUUUCUUCUCUAUUAUUGUCUGUAAAUAAAAGUCUUGGAAUUUUUAAGAUGUCUAUUUUUUUGUUGUCAUUUUUUAAUAUUUUUUUACUUUGUUUUUAUUUUCUAGGCCAUAUUUCUAUUGAAUUAAUUUAACAACAAUGAAUUCAAUACAUCGAAGCGAGGAAAUGUGCCUGGUUCAGUUGUUUCUUCAAAACGAAGCGGCUUAUUUAUGUGUUGCUGAACUUGGCGAAAUUGGGCUUGUGCAAUUCCGAGAUUUAAAUGCUGAAAUUAACGCUUUUCAACGCAAAUAUGUAAGAGAAGUUCGUCAUUGUGACGAAAUGGAACGAAAAUUGAGAUUUUUGGAACGCGAAAUAAAAAAGGAUGGAAUUGUAAUGGUCGAUACUGGGGAGAAUACGGAAGUUCCCUUACCUAGGGAAACGUUUGAUUUGGGGGCAACCUUUGAUAAAUUAGAAAGUGAAUUGCGUGAAGUCAACCAAAAUGAGGAAAUGCUUCGGAAAAAUUUUGCUGAAUUGACAGAACUUAAACACAUUCUUAGAAAGACGCAACAGUUUUUUGAUGAGGUCGAAUACGAACACAAAAGUUUUGGACGUCUUCAUGGUUCCAUUCGACCCAAAAGGCCACAAACAGUUAUUGAGACUCCUCUUGACGAACUGGAGCCUCUUCUUGUAUCUGGUGGACAUUUGACUGAAUUUAGAGGGCGCUUGAAAUUAGGGUUAGUUUUUGAUAAUUUUUUUCUUUCGUCUCGUGGUGGUGCAGUUUUUAUUCAUUUUUAA